AUGUUGUACAACGAUCCAUCGAAUCGAGAUUACGAUCCUCGACUCAAAACUACAAAAGUUGAUUUAUUUCUCGUGUCAAUUGAUAAAUCUGUUGAUGAACUUGAAGAAAUCUUACAAGAAUUCCAAUUAUCUUUGUGGUGGAACGUUACUGUACCUUAUUUCGUGCUCGGUAGUUCAAAAAAUAGUUGCGGGGACGCGCAAAUAGUGUUGAAAACAUUUUGGAAAAUGAAAAGUGUCUGCGAAGGCUUUACUUUUGAUCGAACCAAAUAUCUUGACCGAGCCACUGUAAAUGUAAUCUCUCCAAUUAGACAAAUUCAUACUUAUCACUUGAUAAUUAAAGAAGCAUUGCGAGGUGUGUUAAACGUCUCCAUAUCAUAUGAUUUAGACGAUUGCAAAGAAAUUUAUUUAACAAAACGCUUCCUUAAUAUUGAGAAACAGGGUGACAUAACACAGUGUUUUCGGCCUAUCACAAAUUUACCUUACUUUAAAAGCUAUCCGAUUAAUUCUUACGCAGCUUAUGCUUUAUCGAAUAAUUUAAGAGUCCCAUUGAAGAUAAACAUUAAUUUUCUUAGUAUUCACCGACUUUUCUAUUCAAUAUUUAUCUUUCUCAUUAUUCUGCAAGCUAUUUUUAAAGGACAGUAUAUAAAGUGGCUGAUAAUUUCUGAAUCGUCCACAAAUAUUGUAUCUCUAGAAAAAUUGUCUAAUAAUACUGACAAAAAAGUUUUUAUAUCUAAUGACAUAAAUACAGGUAAUGAUUUAGAGUACUGGUUCAUGGGAUAUAAGUAUGUAAAUAAUUUAAAAUGCAUUGAAGAAGUUUUGAAGGAUAAAUCAACCAUUCAUUUUUUCCAAACGUGUGAAAAAGAUUAUAAAACAAUUGCUCUUCACAAAGAUGUAAGUGAAAGUAUAAUUAAAAGCUUAAGUGGAUUAGAAAAAAUUACCGUGAUUCUACAAAAAGAUUUACCAAGAACUGAACUCAAUUUUCUGCGGAAAAACAAAGUCGAUUUAUUUAUUGUCACUCUUGAAAAUUCAAUUGACAAUCUCAACCAAAUUUUGCUUGAUCUUAAAACUUCUCUUCGAUGGGAAAUUAUGAUACCUCACUUUGUAUUGAGCAAUUUAGAAAAUGGCUGUAAGGACGCAAGAAGUGUUCUAAAAAUGGUUUGGCAGCAAAAUAUUCUAAAUUGUUACUAUGUAUGUUUUGAUUCUAAAGGAGAACUUUUUGUUUAUACUUUUAAUCCGUACUCAAGUCGAUUUCCUUAUCAAUGGCGAAUGGUUGAAGAAAUAUCUAAUAAAUCAAUUUACAUGGCAAUUUACAAUCGACCUUACAAUGAAGCUGAAAUAUGCAAUGGUUUCAAUUUUGAUCGCACUAAGCAACAUGAUAAGACCGCAACAAAAAUUUUAGCUAAUACAGACUUUGUAUUUCGUGACAGCUAUGAGCUCUCCAAAGCAAUAGAGGUUUUUUUUAAUGCUUCUCUUACUAAAAUUAUUCUUUGGGAUUGCGAUCCCAGGCUGGAAGAAUAUCGUUCUCAAAAAAAGACAACUGACUUCGUAAUGUGCCUGCAAAAUUACGAGACGAUAGCAAAAUUGGACAAUUUGACAGCGACCUAUCCAAUAUCUAUCAAUGGCCAUUACAUCUUUUCAAAAAAUCAAAGAUACCUUUCUCCCUUAGAGAAAAAUUACAAUUCUCUUGGUAUUAAUAUGAUUAUAAUAACACUUGUACUGUCAAUCAUAAUUUAUGUGGUAAUUUUGAACAUGACUUCCUUUAGAAGCUAUUCAUUUGCCAUUGUUGAAAUCCUCCGUUUGUGGGUUGGAUUUUCGAUUAACACCGAAGUAAAAUCUCAACCACUGCGGGUUUUCUUUACACCAAUAUUUAUGUAUUUUUUGGUUAUGCAAAGCACCCUUCAAGGAGAUCUAACAGAAUUUCUUUCGAAAACCGAACUACGACAAAAUGCCAAUUCAAUAACGGACUUGCAACGUGAUUAUUACAAUAAAGUUUUGAUCGUUGAAUACAUAUCAUCGAAUAAGCUAGAUUUUGAAACAAUACAGUCCAAAGUAAUAGAUUCAAAUGAAUCAUACUGUGUAGAGACAGUUAUUAAAGACGACUCAAGCGCAUGUCUGAUAGGUGAUCAUCGUUUAAUGUCUGAACUAAAAGCCAAAAUUAAUUCCACAAUUCAGCUGCAAAAUUUCUAUGUGUCUAAAUAUCCAAUAGACGGUGACAAUUUUGCGUAUUGCGCUCGUCGCGAUUGGCCGCUAAGAGAAAAAUUUGAUAUAUUCCUCAUGCAUUUGGAGAGUUUUGGAAUCAAUAGAAAAUUACUUGACGGUACACCUUCUCACUUGAGAAUUAAAUCUAAUUUACAGACAUCGAGAUACGUAUUAAGUUAUCAACAAAUUUCUUUUGAUUCACUAUCAUUCAUAUUUCUUUAA